CACCGAUGUGCCGGUGGUCUUGGAGCUGUUUGUGGCCCUCGGGCUGAGUCCUGAGCUGCCCCUCCGGGCGGGGAUGGAGGUUUCUGGGGCUCCGUGUGCCCCCGGGGCUCCCCGUGAAGUGUGCGAACAGCAAUAGAAAAGAGCCAGAGCUGCCUCGCCCCUGGAAAUCACCACUUCAAAGCAGCACUGGAGAGUUGUCAGCCUCCUCAGGCAGUUUGGAAGAUUCCUUUUUAUUAUUUUUAAAAAAGCAGCAGUCGCACCUCCUCCUCAUACCUCCUCCCGCUGCUGCCACUGAAAAUAAAUGUGGGGGUGACAAUGUCUGUGAGGAAACCCAGCUGUCCUGGACUGACCCCCAGUUUGGGGAUGCCUGGUGGGGGUACCCAGGGGCACAUGGCACCCAGAGAAGCCUUCUGCUCCUUGCCUCCUCCAUCACACUCAUCUUGAACAGCCCCUCACCCAGACACCAGCACCCAGCUGGAUCUGUGGUGUCACGGUGUGGGGUUUUCCUUUGCAGGGCUCCAGGCCGUGUGCUUGGGCACCGUGGGGCUGGUGGGGGUGUGCAGUGAUGUGUGGCGUCCCCCAAUGAUAGCGAGCUCUUAUCAGCCUGCACCAAAGCAUGUUGUGCAAGUAAAGAUAACAGGGAUGCUGUAUGUGGCAGACAGCCCUGUUUGGACAGGAAAGGCUGGGAGGAGAGCUGGAAGGUGGCUUGUACUCAGUUUGUUGCCAUGAGGACGAAGUCUCAGGGCGGCAGUGGAGCUCUGGCACGAGGACAGCGUGUGCAGGAGGUCCGGAGCUCAGCGGGAGUGCUGCAAGGUGCUGGGAUGCUGCAGCGUGCCGGGGGCUGACGCGUGGAGCUCUGGCUGUGGGGAGCAGUGCCCCCGCCGCCCACCCAUGCUCCCGGCCGGCAGCCGGGGCCUCGCCCCGUGACGAGGUGCCCCCCUCACCAGGACCGCCGCCAUGACGAGCCUCUUUCGGCGCAGCAGCAGCAAUGGCGGCUCGCGCGGCGGCUCCUCGGCGCAGGAGCUCAACAACAGCCGCCCUGCCAGGCAGGUGCGCCGGCUGGAGUUCAACCAGGCCAUGGAGGACUUCAAGACCAUGUUCCCCAAUAUGGACUACGACAUCAUCGAGUGCGUUUUGAGGGCCAACAACGGUGCCGUGGAUGCCACCAUCGACCAGCUCCUCCAGAUGAACCUGGACGGCAGCGGCUGUGAGGACAGCUCGGACUCGGAGGACAGCAUUCCCCCUGAGAUCCUUGAGCGCACCCUGGAGCCAGACAGCUCGGAUGAGGAGCCUCCCCCAGUAUACUCCCCCCCAGCCUAUGAGAGCCAGAUGCUGAGCUGUCCACAUGCACCUCCCACCCCCCCACCCAGGACGGAUGUGCCGGGGCCUGGCCGCUACAGGAACUGGAACCCACCGCUGCUGGGCAACCUGCCUGAGGACUUCCUGCGCAUCCUACCCCAGCAAGCUGCCUGCACACAGGGCUCCUCUGGAUGCCGGCAGCCUGUGCCACGGGGCCAGGGCUCCCUGGAGCAGGAGAGGAGGUGGAAGCAGUACCUGGAGGACGAGCGGAUUGCGCUCUUCCUGCAGAACGAGGAGUUCAUGAAGGAGCUGCAAAGGAACCGGGACUUCCUCCUUGCCCUGGAGAGAGAUCGACUAAAAUACGAGUCAAAAAAAUCCAAGUCGACCAGUGCUGCUGUCAGCAAUGAUUUCUGUUUCUCCUCCAUAAUACCAGGUGAUGUAGCCACUCCUGGAACCAGCGAGGCUGGCAGUGCUGUGUCUGACGAUGCCUUAUUCAGAGACAAACUGAAACACAUGGGAAAAUCAACGCGCAAGAAGCUGUUUGAACUCGCCAGAGCCUUCUCUGAGAAGACAAAGAUGAGGAAGUCAAAAAGAAAACACUUGUUGAAGCACCAGGUGCUGGGGACAGCUGCAUCCACAGCAAAUCUUCUUGAUGACGUCGAAGGACACUCGUGCGAUGAAGAUUUUCAAGCACGGCGGCAGCAGCUCCGGGAAGAGGAGGAGACGCUGAAGGAAGGGCAGUAAAUGGUGAGGGCUGUGGUGCUGUGGCUGGUGACAGCUCCAGCGCCGUGAUGGGACAGUGCUGGCCGUGGUGCAGCUGAGGCUGAGCACACACUGUUCUUCCUCCUCCUGGUCUCCUCCCCUCCAGGUCCCAGCGCUGGGGUUUAUUGCUGGCACAGAAUGUGCAAAGGGCUUAAUAAGAAGAUGGCUGAAAAAAGGAAAACAAACACCCAACGACAAAUAACCCAAUUUUUUGGCUGUUCCCCCUCUGCUCUUGUACUCCUCUGAAGUACAAACGUUGAAGUGAGGCAGUUUUCUUUUCAGAGGUUUGAAAACAACUUCUCCUAUCUAGCAAAUCAGCCAAAAAAAAAAGGAAAGGAAACAGCUGGCAGCUGGUGUGAGCUGUGGCAUUGGAGCUGGUGGGUCUGGGACUCAGGGAGGAGCCGUCCCUCCUGCGCGUGGGAUCCACAGAGUUCUGCCAGAAGAGUGCACAUGGGCUGUGCUGAGGGGAUGCCCCGGCUGCGGGAGCUGCCUAGCAGAGCAACCCUGUGCAUAUCUGUGGUGAUCUGAUGUAAUUUUCCUCUGCGCACGCAGGAAAAGAAAACACAAGAAAGAAACUAAAAACUGUCGUCUACUAUUGCUAGGAGUAAUAAGCAGAGAUUCAGAUCAGGUAAUAGUGAAAUAAUAUAAGUUGUUUAUAAAAGGAAAGGCCUUCUUUUCCAAGGCAUUUCCCUUUGCAUUAAACCUUUGCCUUUGGCAUCGCUCAAACUGCCUUGAAGUCGGACCCUCACUGCCUUGCUCCCUGUGGGGCAGCACCAAGGGCUGGAUCUGCACUGGUGCAGCGGCCGGGCCAGGACAUGUCCUGUUGGGUGCAGUGCUCCAGUAGUGUUUCUGGGGCCGGGCAGGGACAUCCCUUGCCAUUGAUGAGGUGGAGAUUUGGGGUUUGCAGCUGGGGCUGGCGAAGAUGUUUUUGAUACAAUGAGCCGGUGUGGGGCAGGAGAAGCUCUCCAAGCCUUGGGGAUCGUUUUUCCAGGAGAGCGCAGGGGGAGCUGGGAAGCAGCGCUUGGAUCUCUGCAGCAUCCUGAGAUGCUGUCAGGCUAAAAAUAAUUAUGUAAACAAAUUCCUUCCUUGUGUAAGUAACGAGUGACGAGCACUAAGUCAGAAUUCGCUCCCGCCAGCACAUUUUCUUCUUCUUGAUCAGCAUAAUCUGUUUACUGCUCAGUCAGGAGGUGGCUGCAGACAUGCCUGUUCUGCUUUCUGGCUCCUGUGAACCAGCACAAAUGUUUUAAGAUUUGUGCUGCGAAGGUGGCAGAUGCAGAAUCUCAUCCACCAGACACGCACGCAACUGCUGUCCCUGCCUCUCUGUGGGAUUGCUAACAAAGCCCACAUUGCUCUGGCUCCUGGCGGGCUCCUCCCAAAUCCUCCCUGCAUCCCCUUUGAAGUGGAUGCCAACGUUUUUCCCCACAGCCACAGUGCACCUGUUGAGUGCUGCUGCAGGGCUGAGUGAGGCAGGGACACCACCUGCCAUCAGUGCUGCCGUGGGCUGCUUGCGCCACGGUUGGAGCUCCUUCAAGAAGCUGCCCUCAAGUCUGAGCCCAACUUUGAUUCUGCUCCUUUUUAAGGAAGGGGCAAUGGUGUCCCCUUUGAAGUGGGGGCUGCAGCAGUGCCAUGCUGCACUGGCCUAAUCCCCAAGGUGACUUUAGGUGGUGGGAACGGGGUGCAGGGAGGUACUGGGGAGGCACUGCUACUCUGUGUAUGGUCAGGAUCUGGAGAGGUGCGUGUCCCAUGUGGCACGGGGCAAGCAUGAAGCUGUGGCUUUGCUGCUGGAGCAGGAGCUGGGGGCUGCUAUCCCCAGCCUGAGGCUGGCUCUCAGAUAGCGGGAGGACACCGCUGCUCCCUCCCAGCCCAAAGCAGUGCUGUGUAGUUGGAAAAAAAAACAAGCUUGGAAUUGGAUCAGCUUGUAAACGUUCCAGUGCUUCUGAGCUACAAGGGCUUAACUUGCAGCAAAGUUUUCAUGCAUGCAUGAGGCACAGACAGGCGAUGCAGUAGCGCUCUUGUGGGCUGUGAGCUGCUGUCCCAGUGGCUGUGGCUGCUUUGGGGUCGGGGAAUGUGCUCCAAACAACGUGCCCUGUGCUGCGCAGCUCUGAGUGAUGUCACUCUGCGGCCAUUUUAAAAUACCUUGGAGGCACAAAACAUCGUUUCAAUGGACGAUGAAGAGUCGCUAUUUUAAUCUCCUUUAAAAAGACAGUGAAUCAGGUCUAAUGAGCAGAAAGGCCCCUACAACCAGCUCGGGAGCCAAAAUGCAUUUCUUGCAUAAAGCUGUACGAUUCUCAGUGACGUUUCUAUCACUUCUAUAUGAAAUGUUUUAAAAAGAACAACAAAAAAGAAGUCUGUGGCGUGUGUGAGUGUUGCUCUUUUAGAAUUUCCAUAAGUGAUUUUUUUUUCUUAAAAAUGUUUAAUAGUAAUUCACAUAAUAAAGUCCUGUUGUACUCUUAA